CAGAGCAUUACGGAAGUGAACGAGGCGACGAGACCGGACAUAACAGAAACCCAAAUAACUUGUUGUGUUCGUUCGACUGUAACUUCCAGAUAAUCUAUCGUCAUGCUGGGAGGAGGGUUCAAAGCAGAGAGGCUAAGAGUUAACCUCCGGCUGGUCAUCAACCGACUCAAACUGCUUGAGAAAAAGAAAACCGAGCUUGCUCAAAAGGCGAGGAAAGAGAUCGCAGAUUACUUGUCAUCGGGAAAGGAUGAGCGGGCACGGAUCCGUGUGGAGCACAUCAUCAGAGAAGACUAUCUGGUGGAAGCCAUGGAGAUCCUGGAGCUUUACUGUGACCUGCUGCUUGCUCGCUUUGGCCUCAUUCAGACCAUGAAGGACCUGGACCCAGGCUUGCAGGAAGCAGUAUCCACUCUCAUCUGGGCAGCGCCUCAUCUCCAGUCAGAGGUGUCUGAACUAAAAAUUGUGUCAGACCAGCUCCAUGCAAAAUAUAGCAAGGAGUACGGCAAGCUGUGCAGGACAAACCAGAUUGGCACAGUCAACGAUAGGCUGAUGCACAAACUGAGUGUGGAGGCACCUCCCAAGAUCUUGGUGGAACGUUACUUGAUAGAGAUCGCAAAGAACUAUAAUGUGCCGUAUGAACCAGACGCCAUGGUCCGGCCCGAGGUGUGUCCUGGAGAGGAAGCAGACCUGAUUGACGUGAACAAUGACAAGAAAUCUGGAGGAGGUGGAGGUGGUGGAGGUUUCCACGCUGGUGCUAUGCCUAUGCCCAUGCAUAUGCCCAUGCCCAUGCCAACAGCUUUCAACUAUCCACCUCCCAAUGGAGCCGAACCGUUUAAUGUUGGAACCUACAACAACUUCCAGCACCCCAUGGGAGGAGGGCAGCCCCCUCAGCUGCCCACUUCUCCCCCCACAUACGAGUCUAUUGAUGACAUAAAUGAAAUACCUUCUGUUCCUUCGCAGGCAGUAGGUCCCGGCCCGUCAUCUAAGCCAUUUGACAACUCUCUGCCAGAACUCCCGUCUGUUCCCGACACACUCCCCACCUCCUCGUUCGGCGGGAACACCACCUCCUCGGAUGACAUCGACUUUGACAAUUUGACAAGGCGGUUUGAGGAGCUGAAGAAGAAGACCUAAUUGCUUUAUCCCUGGUCUAUACACUCACACAUAUACAGACACACAGGCCCAUGUCGUCACUACGCAGCUCAGAUGUAGGAAAUGGAAUCAGAUUUGGAUAGUUCUCCUCCUCUUUCCACGGUGAAGUAAUCUUUCAUAGAUAUUAAACAUACAUGUAUUCUUACCUCAUUUGUAGAAAUAUGACCAGCUUACUGAGGGUGUGGUUGCUCACUCAACCUUAACAGUUGACAGAAAGCUAAUAUCUGUUGAGUACCACAGGUUUUAAUUUCUUAAUGUAUGGCACUAUAGUCCCUCAUAUAAGGUCAUACUGGCUUGGCUUUUAAUUUUUCCCAUGUGUCUGUGAGUGAUUUUCUGCAUAACCAAACGUAGAUUUUAAUUCUUUCUUUACCUGGGGUUUUGGGUCGGACAAAUAUUUACAAACAUGCCUUGAUUCUACUUUGUACAUGCUGUGUUGCUGUGAUCUUUGCCACUGUGGCACUCAGUCUUGUCUCAGAUUAGUCAAACAAGCCCGACUGGCUGCACCAGCUUAGUGGAGAACUGGCACUUACAUAGUUUCACACAAACAAAGGCACUAGAUUGUUUCCGAGGCGAGGCUCCCACCAGAUCUUUUUCAUGACGUUAUCGGAACAGCUAGAACCCAUGUUUUCAAUAUCUCGUGCAGUCAUGCAGCUAUGUCACUGUGGAAAGGACAAUUUGUAACACUCCUUACACUUCAAGGUGUAUUUAUAUCAGAAAAAGGGUUUGUGAGGAAAAGCUCAUGGUGACAUAUCUUACAGCAGAGGUGUGGCACAGAUGUGUGUGAUAUAAAGUGGUAAAACCAGUGUAUGGAAAUAUGUAAUAUAAUACAUUUACAACAGAUAUAUCUAGACCUAUUUAGACGAAUGAUUGAACUGUACAGCAAAAAGAUUUUGGUUGUAGGGAGUUGAUCAAUAUUUGACAAAUCUGUUUUAUAUACACUAUCUCCAAAUAAAGUUUUCUUUUUUUGCCCUUUUGAUUGUCAGUUUUACCAAAUACCUGCAGUCUCUUAUCAAUAAAGAACUUAAUUUACAAGCAAAGUGUGUGCAGACAAAGGCAGUUGCACAACAACCUGAUUUGAUAAGAUGUAAAUAUUGACCCCAGAGCUACGAGGUUCGUGUUCUCCUCUGUGCUUGUGUGUGCAUGAGUCUUCUAGUGUAUAUCCACACAUUUGCCUUAGUUACCAUCUCUCAUCAGAGGCCUUGCCAGUCUAUAUUAGGAUUAUGCAUUUGUUUUCCAUCAAGACUGGGUCCAUGUUACCUGCAUUGAGUCUCAGUUGAUUAGAUUACACUUCACUUUGUUUGCUUUACCUGUCGGCAUUUCUUUUUAUUUGAAAUUUGUUGGAUGAAAAAACAACCCAUCUGUAGUGGCAGUAGAGGUGGAUGUUUCCAUUUUUUUCGUGGAGAAAUAAAGGGGGUUUUGUUGUCAUACAGACGUGACGCGUUGCUGCAACCUAACCGCACCCAGCUCUGCUCGCAUAGCAAAUGGACGGUGGCCUUGAAUAAAAUGAUUCAGCAAUCUCUGGAAAGCACGGUGAAAAGCUUUCCAGCUGGGUGAUAGACAGGUUUUAUUGAUGUGUUAUAACUGUGUAAAUAGAGAGAGAUUAACACUACAGAACUGUGAUCUGCUCACUGUCCUUUCUAUGGAGGACUGUUCUUUCAUGCUAAACCUUGAGACACACAAUUGUGUCUACUUGCAAAAAACAUUUUUUUCCACUGUAUACUGAAACAAUGAUUUAAUAAAAGACUAUUUGGAA